AUGAAAUUUCAAGGGUGUUAGAUGAUUGAAAACGUUUAAGAGAUCACAUGCAGAGAAUAACAUAGUGAUAAACAUAGUCUAUUCGUAAUGCUUGAUAGUCAGCUAAAGAAUGAAUAGAGGCUUUAAUGUGAUAAAUGUUUACUAACAAAGAGAGGAGAACUUAAUGCAAUAACUGUUGAAGAUGCUAAAUUAAGAAUUGAAAAAUUGUUAAAUAGUCAUUUGUCUAAAUUGGAAAGGUUAAUAUUGAAUAAAUAUACACAUCUGAAUGAAAUUUCUAAUACUUUAAAAGGUAUAUAAGGAGAAUUAGAAAUAUAAAUUUAAGAUUUUCAAGAUCGAAUAAAUAAAUGGAAAAUGCACCUUCAACAAUUUCUUGAUGAGAAUUGUAAAUUUAGCCUAAUCAAAGAACUUGAAAAUUUAGAUAAGGAAGAAAAUGAAUGGGUGCUGGAGAAACUAUCUCAUUCUCAAAAUUUAAUAAAUGUUAUUGAUCAUUAAUAUAGCAUAAAUCUCAAACUCAUUGUUCAUGAAAUGCAACGCUAAGUUUAGAAAAUUGUAUUUGCAGAAGAACAACUCUAUCGACUUAUCUAAAACGAAAAUAAGAAUUAAAUUAUUUAAAAACCAAAUGAAUAAAAGAUACAUCAAUAACAUCUUCCAUAAUCAAACUAAAAAUAAUUAUAAGUGCUUAAUUUUUCAGUAAAAGAGAUUAAAUAAAUUGAACAAUGUUACGCCAUAGGAUUCAAUAACAAUGAUUCUAUAAUGGCGGCUGGAUUUAAUCAUUGUAUAAAGAUAUGGAAGAUAAUAAAUGGAUAAUUUUUUGAUUAACAGAUUAUUUUAAAAGGGAAAUCAGAAGUGGAUGUUGCAGUUUGCAUUCUCUUUAGUAGAAGAGUCAAUUUAUUUGUAUAUGGAAGCUAUGAUCAUAGAAUUGGGAUAUGGAAUGAAAUUUCAGAUUCAGUAUGGAAUUCGUACAAUUCUGCAAAGAAUAUGUCUCAUUCAGGAUUAAUUACUUGUGUAUGUUUGAAUUAAAAUGAGGAUUGUUUAAUAUCAGGCAGUCAGGAUAAAUCGAUAAUAAUUUGGAAAAUAAAUGGUACCUCUAUUGAAUUUGAUUAGUAGCUCAAUAAACACACAAAUACUGUUGUCGGUAUCAAUAUUAACUCAACAGGAAAUGAAUUUGUUUCUAUGAGUAAAAACUAGUCUAUAAUCAUAUGGGGAAAACUAAAAACAAUGUGGGUUUCAACGUAAGUAAUUGACUAAUAAGAUGUGGAUUUUGGACAAAUAAUUACCUAUCUAUCUGAUGAUAAACUAAUAUUAUAUUAACAUUUCUAGAGAAUUAUCUAUACUCGCGACAGAUUUGGUCAUCCAUUCUCCUAUUAACAAAAAUAAACCCUUGAUUUAUACAAAAAUGUAGAACAAAAUCGUUAAUUCUUAUUCCCAACAAUUUAUGAUAUUAAAAAUAAUUUAAUAGUUUAGAAAUAUAAUGGAAAUGUGUAUUUCCUAGUUGUUGAUUAGGAUUUCAAACUUAUUAAUGUAUCAAUGCAAAAAAUAAAUAAAAAUAAUACAUUCUAUGGCAAAUUGACAAAUAAUGGCAGAUGUCUAGUUAUUUGGAACUAAGGAGCGUUUAAAAUUUAUUCGUUAACCAAUAAUUGA